AUGGGAAACUCCUCCAAUGAUAGCAAUGGAAAAAGUAAGCGAAGGGCAAUGACUAUAGCGAUCGCAGCACCCAUUGUCAUAUUUGCCAGCAUUUUUGUUGCAUGGGCUUUUGUGAGGAAAAAACGUAAGAAUAUUCAACGUUUUCCUACGAGGUCUACCUCCAUGGGAGCUCUCCACGGAGGAAAAAUGGCAUUGCACAGAUUGGCUGAUUACCGUGAAGCUCGAGAGAAUGCAGCAACACUGGACCGAGCUGAGACAGAGUUAAAGAAUUUACUUGAGGAGGAAAAACUUGACUUUGAGCAGCUCCAGCGAACGGUGGCAAAGCUGGAAAUGAGCGGGAAAGAAGAUGAUGCCGUGGAAGUAUUAGAAAAGGCAGUGAAGGUACAUGAGGAGAAGCAACAAGAAGCCUAUGAGAUCCAAAUGUUGCUUGUGGAGAUGCUCAUCUAUAAGGGAGAUUUUGAGAAGGCUUUUAACUUCGAGUGCCUGAAACAUGAAGAGAUUGCUGAUGCGCGACGUCCACUGUAUAAGGGUAUCAUUAACAUCAUGUUGGGUCACCCCGAACAAGCCAAAAAAUGUUGGGAAGAUUUUAAGGAUAUUCAAAGACACUUUCAAUGGCCACCUAGUUUGGGAGAAGAUACCCAAGUACUCGACAACGAUAUUACCGAUUUCAAGGAAUUUGAGAACAUAGUCAAGUUGCUCAAAGAUGACAUCUACAAGGCGGAUGCAAAGAAGAAACAGAAGUAA